UUAAAGGCAGUCAAUUCUCGCGAUACUACACGCAUCUCAUUUGAGCUAAACUGGAGGGAUUUCUGCAGUAGUGCCGAGCUGCUAACACGCUAGCAGAGCAGAGAUAACUUAUCUGCGACUAGCCUGCUCCUCUUUACUGACAAGAUAGCUCUGAGUGCACGGCAUCGCCAGUGACUCUCAAAAUGGACUUGGAAGAUGACACUACUGUGUUAACAACCUUGAAGUCCUUCAAUUCCUUCAUCAGCCGCUCUGAAAAUCCACAGCGGCUGUCAGAGAACCCAGCAGGGAGUGGGAACCUGCAGAGUCAGUACAAACGCAGCAUGGAGCUUUUGGAAGCAGCAGAGAGAGUUCAGUCUAAGAAUCGGUACCUGCAGUUGGACCAGGAAAAGAAACAGAUGGAGCUGAGUCACAAGCGAGCUCGUUUUGAACUUGAGAAGGCAGCUUCUGACAGCGCACGAGACUUGGAGCAUGAGAUAGACCGGAAUCAGGAACUUCUAGGGCGAAUAAAAAAGUUGGAGGAGAGAGAGACCGAAGCAACUAAGAAUCUGUCAGAGCAGAUGGAGGGAAAUCGUGCUCUUCAUAAGAACCUGGAGGGUCUGAACAAGAAACUGGAGGAGCGAGAUACUAAACUGAAUACAGCUAAUCAGACCAUCAGUUCUUUGAAGGAUGAGAUCAGAGAGCUGAAGCAGACGAUUCAAAAUCGAGACUCGUCAAUUUCUACUCAAACCCUGGAAAACCAGGAGCUACAGGAACAGCUAGAUUUACAACGCAGGAAGUAUCAGGAAGUCUCCCAACUUUGCCAAAGUCUCCAAGCUGCCCAGUCCUCUUGCUCGGAGCACAUAAUCAAGAUUAAGGAGUUGGAGAGGCGUCUUGCCCUCCAGGAGCAAGAUAUUGCCAUUGUGAAGACCGUUAAGUCAGAGGUGGCCAAAGUUCCAGAUCUGGAAAAGGAACUGAAGCGCCUCAGAGAUGAUAAUGUAUUUCUCAGGGAGAGUAGAGAGAAUUGCAGCCUGCUGAAAGAGGAGGUGGAGGGAUUACGGAGGAAGCUGGAGAGGAUGGAAAAAACCAAAGAAGAGUUGGUUAAUAUGGAACUGGAGAAGGAGAGGCUGGCUGAGAAGCUCCAAGCCUGGGAAAACCUUGGGCAAUCCACUGGACUCAACAUAAGGAAACCAGAAGAUCUGUCCAGGGAGGUGAUUCAGAUCCAGCAGAGAGAAAUUGCUCUGAAAGAGCAGAACUACACACUCCACAGCCGAGUGAGGAGUGUGGAGUGCUCGCAGUCUGAGCUUCGGUCAGAGCUGACCCAGCAGCGCAGCAAGACUCUGGAGGAGCAGAAGAAGAGAGAGACACAGGAUGCUCUCGUCCGUCGACUACAGAAGCGAGUGCUGUUGUUAACGAAGGAGCGCGAUGGAAUGCGUGCCAUUUUAGAGUCCUAUGACAGCGAGUUGGUGCCUACUGAGUACUCUCCCCAGCUCAGCAAACGACUCAGAGAGGCAGAGGACAUACUGCAGAAAACACAAAGCUACAAUGUAGAGAUGGAGGCUCAGCUGACCAAAGCACAGGAGGAAACGGGAGCACUUAAGCUGCAGCUACAGACAGUGGAGCUGGAGCUGGAGUCUCUAAAGAAACAACAUGCUGCUGCUGCUGCUGACAGCAACCCUUUAGUCAUCAAAGAAGAGGUCAACAUACUCAGACAAAAAAUUGAAGACUUAGAGCGAGAGCGGCAACGUUUGGAAGAGCAGAAUAACAUUCUGGAGAUGAGACUGGAGAGACACAACCUACAGGGCGACUAUGAUCCAGUCAAAACCCGAGUUCUCCACCUAAAGAUGAACCCCACCACUGCUGCCAAGCAAGAGCGCCAGCAGGAAGUGGAGGCUCUUCGGGAGGAGGUGACAUGUCUCAGGGACCUCGUGCGCUCUUUGCAGGGUGGAGGAGCUGUGUUGCAUUCACAAGACGACUCCAGUAUACACACCACCAGCCUCAGCUUCAGUUUGCCACCAUCAAAGGAGGUGCUGGAUCUACGUAAACAGAUGGAGAGCUCAGAGCUUAGGAACCAGAGGCUCAAGGAGGUGUUCCAGAGAAAGAUUCAGGAGUUCCGCACAGUCUGCUACGUCCUGACCGGCUACCAGAUCGAUAUUACCACCGAGAACCAAUACAGGCUCACCUCGGUCUAUGCAGAACAAAUGGAUGACUCAUUGCUCUUCAAAAAGGGCUCCAAUGGAAGUAUGCAGCUCAUGGAAACGGAGUUUUCCAAAACUCUGGGAGAGAUGGUGGCUCUUCAUCUGCAUCACCAAAAGAGCAUCCCAGCGUUCCUCUCUGCAGUGACCCUCGAGCUCUUCAGCCGACAAACCACAAUCUGACCAAAUUUGACAGCAUCUCAGACACAGACGUCGGUGUGUCAUGAAGUUGGGACAGGACUAAGAAAACACACACAUGCAAAACACCAGAGAAGCUUUAAUGCUUGACAUUUAAACAUUUGUUGAAACUGAAAAGGCCUUUACUGCGGGAAUGUUAUAUAACACAGAAAGAAGUUUUUUGCUGUGGGUUUGAUUUUGAUUACCUAUGAAUUCUUCCUCUUUUGAAUUUAGUUAAUGUGCCUACAUGUCUUUGCGUUAGUGUGAACACAAGAUGAGUGAAAUUUCUUCUUGUCAAUAAAGCGAAAUGGCAGAUAUAAACAUGAGGUGGGAAACAGGGGAGCUAUCCAUUAAAACUGAGAAACAAAAGGAAGUGAGCCGAGAAUAAAGCCACUUAUCACAGCAACAGUAUAGGAACUCCAGCUGGUGCUGCCAUAUGUCUCAUGAGAAAACAUAUUCUCCUGUACGGUACAUGCCACAUACUGUCCUUGUUUUUUUCACACACUCUUACAUACACAGCAUAUCUUCCAUCACGCCCCACAGUUCUCAGCUAAAGGUCAGAUUUUAGAGGUUUUCACAGAAGCCGUGCAGCACAUAUCACAUUCUCCUUCAGUGUGUUGUCCUGCAGCUUUAUCUUUGUUUCCUGCAUCCCAUUAAGCUACUGUACUUAUUUCUGUUUUGAAUUUGAAAUGCAAAUGGUGAUUAAUAAAACGUGUGUGCUGGUAA